AUGACAACGCACGCACUCCUCCAAGCAUUCAAGGCCUCCAAGCCCGCAUUCGGAGCAUGGAUCACCCUCCCAGGUAUCCUGAACGCACGCGCAGUCGCACAAGCCAGCCCGUACCUCUCGUGGGUGAUGAUAGACUGCGAACACGGUCUCACAUCGCUUCAGCCUGGCGCUGCAGAAUCCAUUCAGGCUAUCACUGGUCUUGGACCCAACGCGCCGAGUCCGCUCGUGAGAAUCCCAGCCACGGGUUUCAGCAAUAGUACGUCGUGGCAGAUUAAAUACGCGCUUGAUGCAGGCGCACGGGGUGUGCUUGUUCCUAUGGUCUCUAAUGCUGAGAAGGCGAGGGAGAUCGUGGCCGACAGUCGCUUCCCUCCGGGAGGCCGGCGCGGUUUCGGAAGUCCAUUCACUCAUGGCGUCUGGGGCAUCGAUGCCACCGAGUACAUCAAAUCUGCGAACGAACAUGUAGUUGUUAUGAUACAAAUCGAAACGCCGGAGGCCGUGAAAAAUGUUGAGGCCAUUGCUGCUGUAGAUGGCAUUGAUUGUUUAUUCAUUGGUCCUUACGAUCUUUCCCUGUCCUUGGGAUACCCUGCCCCCUCUCCUGAUCCACACCCUGAUGUGGAAUCUGUCAUCCAGCAUGUUCUCAGAGCUACACACAAGGAAGGAAAGAAGUGCGCAAUUUACUGCAGCUCAGGAAAGCAGGCCCUUCAGCGUGCUGAAGAAGGCUUCGACAUAAUUAAUGUCGCCUCUGAUAUUGGUGCAAUGUCUGAGUCGGUGGCAGCAAACGCUAUCGUUGCAUUAGGCGGAGAAACUGGAGCCCCAGCAUCCCGAUACUGA